AUGGAUCAUUUACGGAACACGCUCGAUUUGCUCAAGUCGUUGCCCGUCGCUGAGAUGACGCCGGACCAAAAAGACCAUAUAAGGAAGCUGGGCAAGAAACUUUUGGAAGCCGAAAAAGAGGCGUUGGCCUUCGAAAAGUUGCGCAAUGAGGGGGGUCUCACGUUUUCGCUUGAGCUGCGCAUCGAGAAGAAUUUCGAAAAUGUCGAGAACAAGAUCCACGAUUUGAUGCUUGGCACUCAAUGUCAAUCGCAACUAGCACCCGAAGUCAAGGAGCUUUUGGAAAGUCUGGACGAAGCCGAAUCUGACGGUGAUCUCGAAAUUCAAACCGUGGGCGUGAGCAUCAACAAAGUGGACCCAAUCUCACGAAAACCCAUCACGAUCCCAAUGAAAAAUCCUAAAUGCGGCCAUGUCUACGAUCGCGACACAAUCACAGAAUUCGUUAAUGGUCUCGGUGCCCGAACGCGCAAACAAGCUGGGAAAGCCAGAUGUCCCGUACAGGGUUGUGGAAACAAGGAGGCGGUCAACGUUUCGCUUCUGAAGGACUUUCCCGAGUAUUUCGAUCUUCUCAAAGCCGAGGAAGCCAAACUGAGAAUGGCUUUGAAAAGAAAUCCGGAUUUCGGCUUGGAUGAUUUGUCCUCCGACUUUGAUCCAGCUGAAAGUUCUGAGCGAUUGGGUAAGCGGCGGAAAGGGGAGUUUCUCGAAAAAGAACACCCUGGAGAAGAACCAAAACCGCGAAGAAGUGAAGGAAAGAAGUGGUUUCAAGAAGAGCAUGGACGGAUGACCAGGCAACUUUCACGUCUGUCUACGCUUAACGCUUACCAAAGACACAAGGAAAUGAUCAAUUUGUACUACCUCUACCAUCCUGAUGCUAACCGACACAUCAUGGAAAGAGAUACGAGCCGUGAUAAGACUGACUACGAUGUUUUAAAAGCUAACCAUAAAUUUCUAUGGUCUAAUGAAGAUGAAGCAGAGACGUCGAAAAAUUGGGAGAAACGACUAGCUAAAAAAUACUACGACAAACUCUUCAAAGAGUAUUGUAUUGUUGAUACAGUACAUUAUCGCCACAAUAAAAUUGGAAUGCGCUGGCGUACAGAACAAGAGGUAAAAAGCGGGAAAGGACAAUUCAAAUGUGGCAGUCGCAAAUGCGAAAGAACCGAAGACUUGAGCAGUUGGGAGGUUAACUUUUCGUAUGUUGAAGAGGGUCAACGAAAAAAUGCUCUUGUCAAAGUGAGGCUAUGCCCUGAGUGUGCUGAGAAGUUAAACUAUGGAAGCAAAAAACGAAAGGUGGAAAAAUCAGAUCGCAGCUCCAAGUGGCGUUCAAAAAAGAUUCCAAUAGCCGACGAUGCUCCAGAAGAAAAAAAAGUCGAAGAGAAUGAUGAAAAAGCGACAACUUCUAAAGAGCUCAAAACUGCCGUCGAAAUUUGGAGCGCCCCGCAUCAAGCCGAAGUGGAAAAGACAGUGGAUAACGAAAUUGACGACUUCUUGAAUGAUAUUUUUGAU